AUGCAGCAGCGGGAGUUCAAGAUUGGAUCCAUAGGCUUCCCGAAACCUCAUCCUAACCGCCAUAUUGAAACAUCUAAAUCUCCCGUCCUCAACCUUGACAAAUUCGAAGGUGACGAGGUUGUCUACCAACAAAUCAAAAAUGAUUACAUUACAACUGCGCCCAAAAGCCGUAUGGCCGAGGGUUUGAGGAUUUUCCCAACUGGUAGGGGCUACAUACGCAGCGGGGAUGCCUUGUCAGUGGCGGUUGACGCUGGGGCGUCCAAGACUUGCACUGCCUCGCUGGAAACUCUUAUCCCCGAACGGCAGGAGAUGAAGCCUCCACUCCAUGACGGUCAAGGGGUUGUUGGCGGCAAGCCAAGUCUCUUGCUCUCGUCAACAGAGCACAGCACGCGGCUGGAGGUAUAUCUCGACUUUGAUCUUGUUGCUGGCGGGUGA